AUGUCAUUUGGUUCGACAGCUGCGAUUGUGGACAUCUCCCAAGGGGAUGGGCGGUUGGCGCCGGUCGGCAUCGGCGCCGCCGAGAGCGGCGGAGAAGCGGCCGCGGGCGGCGGCGGAGGAGGCGGCCCCACACCUCCUCCUCCUCCUCCUCCGCCUCCGGACGCCCCGCUGAAGCGCAAGAAGGGCCCGGCGCCCAAGAUGCUGGGCAACGAGCUGUGCUCGGUGUGCGGCGACAAGGCCUCGGGUUUCCACUACAACGUGCUGAGCUGCGAGGGCUGCAAGGGCUUCUUCCGGCGCAGCAUCAUCAAGGGCACCACCUACGCCUGCAAGACGGGCGCCCGCUGCGAGAUCGACGUCUACAUGCGGCGCAAGUGCCAGGACUGCCGCCUGCAAAAGUGCCGCGCCGUCGGCAUGCUGGAGCAGUGCGUGCUGUCGGAGGAGCAAAUCCGGCAGAAGAAGCGUCGGAAAAACGACGAACCCGGCCCCGCGUCCUCCUCGUCCUCGGCCGCCUCCGCCGGCGGCACCAGCGCCUCCACCGCCUCCACGUCGUCGUCGGCGUCGUCGGCGUCAUCGGCGGCGGCGUCGUCGUCUUCGCUGUCGUCGCCUUGCAUCGCCCCCUUCCCCGGCCCCUCGUGCUCGUCGGCCGGCGCGGCGGCCGAGCCGCUGACGCCGAACCAGAACGACAUGAUCCAGAGGCUCGUCGCUGCACAGCAGCAGUGCAACAAGCGGUCGUUCAGCGACCAGCCCAAGGUCACGCCGUGGCCGAUGAGCUCCGACCCGCACAACCGCGAGGCGAGGCAGCAGCGCUUCGCCCACUUCACGGAGCUCGCCAUCAUCUCGGUGCAGGAGAUCGUCGACUUUGCCAAGCAGGUGCCGGGCUUCCUGGAGCUGUGCCGUGAGGACCAGAUCGCCCUGCUCAAGGCCUCCACCAUCGAGAUAAUGCUUCUGGAGACGUCACGGAGGUACAACAAGGAGGCAGACAGCAUAAUGUUCCUCAAGGACUUCACCUACAACAAGGAUGACUUUGCCCGGGCAGGCCUGCAGUUCGAGUUCAUCGACCCGAUUUUCGAGUUCUCGAAAGGCAUGAAGGACCUCCGACUGGACGACGCGGAGUACGCUCUGCUCAUCGCCAUCAACAUCUUCUCCGCAGACCGCCCGAAUGUUCAGGACCACCAGCUGGUGGAGAAGCUCCAGCAGCCAUACGUGGAUGCCUUGCACGCGUACACCUGCAUCCAGCGACCCACGGAUCACGUGAUGUUCCCGCGCAUGCUCAUGAAGCUGGUGUCCCUGCGCACGCUGAGCAGCGUCCACUCGGAGCAGGUCUUUGCGCUGCGCCUCCAGGACAAAAAACUGCCGCCCCUUCUGUCCGAGAUCUGGGACGUUCACGAGUGAAGGGCCGUCCGCCGGGGUGGCCGCCGCCGCUGCCGCCCUCGUCCUCGGCUGUUGUCUAUCCGCUGCUGGAUGAAGGAUUUCCCGCCAAGCCGUCGGGAUCUCCGGCGGCCUUGCGACGAUGCAGCCUGGACUCUCUGUUCGCCACUCCUCCGUGCCAGCGACGGACACCCUGCCCCCGUGCGCUUUAUCCGUUCUUUGGCUGCCGCUCCCUUCUUUAGUCGCGAGCCGUUGCGGAUAGCCAGCCGGGCUUGGGCAGGACCCGCCGCCGAUGCCAGUACCAAAAUGUGAGAAUAGGUUUUCCCCUUUUUUUCUGGCCACCAAACAGGUUGUGUUAAGAUGUUAAAACGCCAAACUGAAACCGUUUUU